UUCCCACAGGCCACAAAACAAUGGCGACCGUCGUAGAAUCCCAUUCUCCCUUUCUUCCCGCCUUCCUCUUCCCCGACUUACUGCUUCUUCUUCUACCCAUACUCUCCUUCCUCCUCCUCUCCCUCUUCCUACUCCGCAACCGCAGGCCGUCCGUCCAACUCCCCCCAGGCCCAAAACCCUGGCCCAUCCUGGGCAACAUCCUCCACGUCCGAUCCAUGCCCCACGUUGCCUUCUCCCAACUCUCCCAAGCCCACGGCCCACUCAUCUCGCUCCGCCUCGGCACCCAGACCGUCGUCAUAGGCUCCUCACCGGAAGCAGCCAGCGAGAUCCUCAAAACCCACGACCACGACCUCUCCGGUCGGAGCGUCCCCCACGUGUCCUUCGCACGUGACCCGGCUCUGAACCGCGACUCCCUCGCCUGGUCCACCCACUGCACCGACCACUGGCGCUCCCUCCGCUCGAUGGUUCGGGCCGAGCUGUUCACGUCCAAGGCCGUGGACCAGCAGUCCGGAAUAAGGGAGAACCAGGCCCGGGAGAUGGCUCGGUUUCUGAACCGGAGGCAAGGGGAAGAAGUCCGGAUCCGUGACGUGGCGUUUGCCUACACGUUCAACGGCCUGGCUGGCACUUACGUGUCCCGGGACCUGGUCCAGCUGGAAGGUGGCGACAGCGAGCGGAUGAGCGGGAUCGUGAGGGAGAUGAUGGAGCUGUACGCUGCUCCGAAUAUCUCGGACCUUUAUCCGUCGUUGGGCCGGCUCGACCUUUUAGGCAUGAGGAAGCGUACGAAACGGUGCGUGGCGAAGAUGAGGGAGCUGUGGGACCCGCUGAUCUCCGGGCGGAGGGAGGCCAAAGAAAACGGCGGCGGCCACUGCCCUGAUCGUGACUUCCUGGAUGCGUUGCUCGAGUCGGGAUUUUCCGACAAGGCGAUCAGUUAUACUUUUGUGGAACUGUUGGCGGCGGUCUCAGAUUCAACAAGCUCGUCCAUGGAAUGGGCGCUGGCGGAACUUCUCAAGAACCCUGAUACAAUGGCGGCAGCUCGCCGGGAGUUCGACGACAAGUUCCCCAGAGGCCACGUCAUCAAAGAAUCCGACCUCGCCGACCUGCCUUACCUAUGCGCAUGCGUGAAGGAGACCCUACGACUCCACCCUCCGGCGCCGCUGCUGCUGCCACGUCGGGCGGCCAAGGACUGCCACGUCAUGGGCUUCACCGUACCUCAGGGCGCUCACGUGUUCGUCAACGUGUGGGCGAUCGGGAGGGACCCGCGUUACUGGGAAGACGCACUGAGUUUCAAGCCGGAGAGGUUCAUGGUUGGUGACGUGGAUUUCAAGGGUAGCCACUUCGAGUACUUGCCGUUUGGGAGCGGGAGGAGGAUUUGUACUGGGCUGCCCAUGGCUAUAAGGAAAGUCCAGCUGGCGGUGGCGACUCUGGUCCACGGGUUUGACUGGGCGCUGCCGGCGGGGAUGGCGGCGGAGGAUUUGGAGAUGGAUGAGAGGUAUGGCGUCACGUUGAUGAAACUGAACCCAUUGGUGGUCAUCCCAACUCCAAGGGUUUAAGUGUGCAUGGUAUACAUGAAUUAGAGUUCAUGCAUGGGACUGCUUCCCUCUUUGUCUGCUAUUAGUUGUACUUCUACUUCUACUUCGCAUUUUCGUGUCUUGUGAGCAAGUUUCUUCAUGUAAUGGUUUUUUUAUGUGUGCCCGAGUCUCGAUCUAUAUAUAUAUAUAUGUAUGAUGGGGUUUCUUGUAUUGGGUUUUCAUUACGUCAAUUAUUCUCGUGUGCGAACUGUUGUUCGAAAUGUUAUUUGAAUAUAACGUAUUUAC